GCAAAGUCCCUAGGAGUAAGGAAGAGGGGGCGGGGUCGCGCGCACAGGGCGUACGCAUGCGCGCACGCGGCCAGUCGGGCUGGGUUGAGAGGGGUGGGGGCGGUGGCGGCGGCCGAGGAAGCGGCGUUUUAUCUGGGGUCCGAACCGUGCGUGCCGCUACGGGUGGCCACGGGAAAAGGAGGUAGGGGCCCCCUGCACAGAGCCAUUGCGACUCCCUCCCCUCUGUGCUCGAGAGCUGCGGCCCCCCGCGUCUCUGGCGGACCCUAGGGACGCUUGGUCACCGUGCACCCCGGCCCUCCCGCCGCGAUUCAGGCAUAAUGGUUAUGAAAGCUUCUGUAGAAGAUGAUGAUCCAGGAUGGGAGCUCAGUAUACCAGAGAAAAUGGAAAAAAGCAAUACAAGCUGGGUGGACAUAACCCAGGAUUUUGAAGAAGCUUGCCGAGAAUUAAAGUUGGGAGAACUGCUUCAUGAUAAGCUAUUUGGUCUUUUUGAAGCCAUGUCUGCCAUUGAAAUGAUGGAUCCAAAGAUGGAUGCUGGCAUGAUUGGAAACCAAGUUAAUCGGAAAGUUCUCAAUUUUGAACAAGCUAUCAAGGAUGGCACUAUUAAAAUUAAAGACCUCUCCUUGCCUGAAUUGAUAGGAAUAAUGGAUACAUGUUUUUGCUGUCUGAUAACAUGGUUAGAAGGCCAUUCUUUGGCACAGACGGUAUUUACGUGCCUUUAUAUUCAUAAUCCAGACUUUAUAGAAGAUCCUGCCAUGAAAGCUUUUGCUUUGGGAAUCUUGAAAAUCUGUGACAUCGCACGGGAAAAAGUAAAUAAAGCUGCUGUUUUUGAAGAGGAAGAUUUUCAGUCAAUGACUUACGGAUUCAAGAUGGCUAACAGUGUGACAGAUCUUCGUGUUACAGGCAUGCUAAAAGAUGUGGAGGAUGACAUGCAAAGGAGAGUAAAGAGUACUCGAAGUCGACAAGGAGAAGAAAGAGAUCCAGAAGUUGAACUAGAACACCAACAAUGCUUAGCAGUAUUCAGCAGAGUGAAAUUUACUCGUGUUUUACUGACAGUGCUUAUAGCCUUUACUAAGAAAGAGACCAGUGCUGUUGCAGAAGCUCAAAAAUUGAUGAUUCAAGCAUCAGAUCUUCUUUCUGCCAUUCAUAAUUCAUUGCAUCAUGGUAUCCAGGCCCAGAAUGACACCACAAAAGGAGAUCAUCCAAUUAUGAUGGGCUUUGAGCCCCUUGUUAACCAGAGGCUACUUCCACCCACCUUCCCUCGAUAUGCAAAAAUAAUCAAAAGGGAAGAAAUGGUCAACUAUUUUACAAGAUUAAUAGAUAGAAUAAAAACUGUUUGUGAAGUGGUCAAUUUAACAAAUUUACAUUGUAUCCUGGAUUUUUUCUGUGAGUUUAGUGAGCAGUCACCUUGUGUUCUUUCAAGAUCUCUGUUACAAACCACUUUCUUGGUGGAUAACAAAAAAGUCUUUGGAACUCACCUUAUGCAAGACAUGGUAAAAGAUGCUCUGAGGUCGUUUGUCAGUCCUCCGGUGCUCUCCCCGAAGUGCUGCCUAUAUAAUAAUCACCAGGCUAAGGACUGUAUUGACUCUUUUGUUACUCACUGUGUUCGGCCAUUCUGUAGUCUUAUUCAGAUCCAUGGACAUAACAGGGCUCGGCAGAGAGACAAGCUUGGUCAUAUCCUUGAGGAAUUUGCUACUUUGCAGGAUGAGGCAGAGAAAGUUGAUGCAACCCUUCACACUAUGCUGUUGAAACAGGAACCCCAAAGGCAGCAUUUGGCCUGUUUAGGUACCUGGGUUCUUUACCAUAACCUUCGAAUCAUGAUACAGUAUCUUCUCAGUGGAUUUGAAUUAGAACUCUACAGCAUGCAUGAGUACUACUACAUAUAUUGGUAUCUCUCGGAAUUCCUUUAUGCAUGGCUAAUGUCAACAUUAAGUCGUGCUGAUGGCUCUCAAAUGGCAGAGGAAAGGAUAAUGGAAGAACAACAGAAAGGCCGUAGCAGUAAAAAAACUAAGAAAAAGAAGAAAGUUCGUCCAUUGAGCCGAGAGAUCACAAUGAGCCAGGCCUAUCAGAACAUGUGUGCUGGGAUGUUUAAAACUAUGGUAGCAUUUGACAUGGACGGUAAAGUCCGAAAGCCUAAGUUUGAGCUUGAUAGUGAACAAGUCCGAUAUGAGCACAGAUUUGCCCCGUUCAACAGUGUGAUGACUCCACCGCCUGUGCACUACCUGCAGUUCAAGGAAAUGUCUGACCUCAAUAAAUAUAGCCCUCCUCCCCAGUCUCCAGAACUAUAUGUGGCAGCUAGUAAGCACUUUCAACAGGCAAAAAUGAUAUUGGAAAAUAUCCCAAACCCAGACCAUGAGGUCAAUAGAAUUCUAAAGGUUGCCAAGCCCAACUUUGUGGUUAUGAAGUUAUUGGCAGGUGGACACAAAAAGGAUUCUAAGGUUCCUCCUGAAUUUGACUUUUCUGCUCACAAAUAUUUUCCUGUUGUGAAACUUGUUUGAAAAAGACUAAAAAUGACCAUGAAGGGACUCUACUUUCAGAUUCUACUUUUAGAGGAUCCAUCCAACAGUCUUACCACACAACAUGAAAUGAAAUGGAUUUCUUGGAUUUUAAAGAAUACUUUUAAUUUGACAGCCUUAGAUGAUGUGAAUGAAACUGCUGUUUUAAAGUGGUUUACUAUGUUCCAUGGAUGAAACUGGUCUUACUGAAUGCAUUGAUGAUGAACGUUACAUGGUUUUAUUACAGAUUUAAUCAUAAAUCAUUUUUUAUGAAUGAUUGAGUGAAAAUAGUGUUUGUAAAGGUUAAUAAAUUUCUUGACAAAAAUGA